UCUGGCUGUUUGAUUCUGGACUAUGACCGUGCUGUAAGCUUUCCUUUGAGGUGAGGUGACUCUUUUGACACACAAGCAACAGGACUCCAGGAUGAUUCACAUGAAGGACAGACUCCUCUUGAACCCUCAGCUCAGUGACUUCAGUGAACUGGUCUUGCAUCACAUUGUUGUACUCCUUCUCUUAACCCACUCUUGUGGAGGUCAGUCUCAGGUGAUCGGUACAUCUCAGCCAGUAGUGGCAAUGGUUGGCGAUGACAUCAUUUUGCCAUGUCACCUGGAUACUGGUGUAGAUGCUACUGACCGGACUGUGGAGUGGGCGAGAUCUGACUUAGAUCCCAGAUUUGUCUAUUUGAGGCGAGACAGUGUGGAGCUUCACCUUGAGGAGCAUCCAUUGUACAUGGGGAGAACAUCGCUGUUCACCAACAACCUUAAGUGUGGAGACAUUUCACUGAAACUCUCUAAAGUGAAACUCUCUGAUGCAGGAAGCUACAGAUGCCUCGUUCCCAAAUCUAUAGAUGUUGUGGUUGAGCUCACUGUGGGUUCCGUCUCCUCACCGGACAUAGAUAUUUCCAAAGUCAGCAAUGGAGUGCUGUUAGAGUGUAAAUCUAAAGGCUGGUAUCCAGAGCCUGAGGUGUUGUGGCUGGACGGUGAGGGAAACCUCCUCUCUGCUGGACCUCCAGAGACAGUCAGAGGUCCUGAUGACCUCUAUACUGUCAGCAGCAGAGUGACUGUGGAGAAGAGACACAGCAACAGCUUCACCUGUAGAGUCCAACAGAAGAACACCAACCAGACCAGAGAGACACACGUCCAUCUGCCAGCUGAUCUCUUUAUGGUUCAGUCUAUUCCUGCUGUCCGCAUCACCAUCAUCUUGGCAGUGUGUAUUGUGCCUAUUGUUGUCUUCAUUGUGUGGAAAUUGAGACUAAACAAAACCAAAACCACAAACAGCAGCAUAGAAGGUGACAGAGAGAAGCUCAUGACAAAAAGUCAGAAAAUUACCUAUUUGGACGACACAAAGGCAAAACUUGAUGAGGACUUGAAGAGGAAUGAGGGAGAAUUGCAACAUGUACUACAGGUGAUUAUAACACUUGGGAACCAGAAGAAAGAUCUGAAGAAUCAGAGAAAGAAACUCAUCUCACUACAGCAGAAAGACAAGACACAGGAAGAAGAGAACAAGAAGAAGCUGGAGAAGGAGAACACCCCAGCAUUUGACAAAGAAAACAAAAUGAAGAAGCGUUCCGUCUCCUCACCGGACAUAGAUAUUUCCAAAGUCAGCAAUGAAGUGCUGUUAGAGUGUAAAUCUAAAGGCUGGUAUCCAGAGCCUGAGGUGUUGUGGCUGGACGGUGAGGGAAACCUCCUCUCUGCUGGACCUCCAGAGACAGUCAGAGGUCCUGAUGACCUCUAUACUGUCAGCAGCAGAGUGACUGUGGAGAAGAGACACAGCAACAGCUUCACCUGUAGAGUCCAACAGAAGAACACCAACCAGACCAGAGAGACACACAUCCAUCUGCCAGCUGAUCUCUUUAUGGUUCAGUCUAUUCCUGCUGUCCGCAUCACCAUCAUCCUGGCAGUGUGCAUUGUGCCUAUUGUUGUCUUCAUUGUGUGGAAAUUGAGACUAAACAAAACCAAAACCACAGACAGCAGCAUAGAACGUCAGCCUCCGAAUGAGGGAGAAGGAGACAGAGAGAAGCUCAUGACAAAAAGUCAGAAAAUUACCUAUUUGGACGACACAAAGGCAAAACUUGAUGAGGACUUGAAGAGGAAUGAGGGAGAAUUGCAACAUGUACAACAGGUGAUUACAACACUUAUGAACCAGAAGAAGGAUCUGAAGAAUCAGAGAGAGAAACUCAUCUCACUACAGCAGAAAGACAAGACACAGGAAGAAGAGAACAAGAAGAAGAAGACCCCAGCAACGCAAGAAAAAAAAAAAAAAGAGUAAGCGUGAAAAGACCAAAGAGGAUCUGGAGAGGAGAAAGACAGAACAUGAGGAACUGUUACAGAACACAGAUAAACUACUGGAGACAACAGAGGAGAUGAUUAAUAAAAUGACAGAAAGGAAGGGGAAACUAGAGAGAGAUAAGGAACAAAUAAAUAAAAACCUGAAAGAGACGGAGAGACGGAGGAAGGAGAUUCAGAGGAAACUUCAGCUGGAUCAGUCAGAGAGAGAAGAGGACAAAAAUAAUCCAUUAUCCAAUGAUCCUUUAUGAUUGUUUCACUUGAUAUUUAGUUAAAAUCACAUAAUUUGUAAACAUUUAUAAAAUCUGAUUCAUUAAUUUUAGAUCCCUAGUAUCAUCAGUUUAAGCAAUCUGACUGUCUGUUCCACACAAGAUG